GCUAUUAGAAACAGUAUGGUCUUCGCAUCCCCUUCAGCAGCAGAGCGGCGCACUCCCGCAGGUAGUUGGAAGGAGCCCGCAGACCUGGAGUCGAGCUUCCUGGGUGCUGAGAGCAGAAUGAACUACUUUGUGGAUUCGGCCAUGAACAGCCCUGGCCCUUACCCAGCAUCUCGUCUUGCAGUGGCGAGGCAGGGACCUAUCAGCACUUUUGAAGAUCCUCGAAUGCCCUGUGGUUUCCAGUCCAAUUAUCACCAGCAAAGACCUUUCUUCCCAUUCUGGGAUGAGAUGGCCACUCAGGAAGUUCCUACUGGCCUCGAACACUAUGGCUCAGAUAUGGAAUGUGCAGAUGUCCCACUAUUAACUCCAAGCAGCAAAGAAAUGAUGUCUCAAGCAUUGAAAGCUACUUUCAGUGGCUUCACAAAAGAACAGCAACGACUGGGAAUCCCAAAGGACCCUCGGCAGUGGACGGAGACCCACGUUCGGGAUUGGGUGAUGUGGGCGGUGAAUGAGUUCAGCCUGAAGGGUGUGGACUUCCAGAAAUUCUGUAUGAACGGAGCAGCUCUCUGUGGCCUGGGUAAAGACUGCUUCCUUGAGCUGGCUCCAGACUUUGUUGGGGACAUCUUAUGGGAGCAUCUAGAGAUCCUGCAGAAAGAGGAUGUGAAACCAUAUCAAGUUAAUGGGGUCAAUCCUACCUACCCAGAAUCCCGUUAUACCUCGGAUUACUUCAUCAGCUAUGGUAUCGAGCAUGCUCAGUGUGUCCCUCCAUCGGAGUUCUCGGAGCCCAGCUUCAUCACAGAGUCCUACCAGACGCUCCAUCCCAUCAGCUCAGAGGAGCUCUUGUCCCUCAAGUAUGAGAAUGACUACCCCUCAGUCAUUCUCCGGGAUCCUCUUCAGACGGACACCUUGCAGACUGACUAUUUUGCCAUCAAGCAAGAAGUCGUCACCCCUGACAACAUGUGCAUGGGGAGGACCAGUCGUGGUAAACUCGGGGGACAGGACUCUUUUGAGAGCAUAGAGAGCUACGAUAGUUGUGAUCGUCUCACCCAGUCCUGGAGCAGCCAGUCAUCUUUCAACAGCCUGCAGCGCGUUCCCUCCUAUGACAGCUUCGACUCCGAGGACUAUCCAGCUGCCCUACCCAACCACAAGCCCAAGGGCACCUUCAAGGACUAUGUGCGUGACCGUGCUGACCUCAACAAGGACAAGCCUGUCAUUCCUGCUGCUGCCUUGGCUGGCUACACAGGCAGUGGACCAAUCCAGCUGUGGCAGUUUCUUCUGGAAUUACUCACUGAUAAAUCCUGUCAGUCUUUUAUCAGCUGGACAGGAGAUGGCUGGGAAUUCAAACUUUCUGACCCAGAUGAGGUGGCAAGAAGAUGGGGAAAGAGGAAAAACAAGCCUAAGAUGAAUUAUGAGAAACUGAGCCGCGGUCUACGCUACUAUUAUGACAAAAAUAUUAUCCACAAGACGGCGGGUAAACGCUAUGUGUACCGCUUUGUCUGUGACCUGCAGAGCCUGCUGGGCUACACCCCCGAGGAGCUCCAUGCCAUGUUGGAUGUCAAGCCAGAUACUGAUGAGUGAUGGACAUGGAAGGGCCGGGGCUACCCUUCUGCGACCUUUCAGAGAACAACUGUGUUGGUCGGACUCUUAAUUUUUAAUUGUUAUUCUAUUUUUUAUUUUCCAGAACUCAUUUUUUACAUUCAGGGGUGGGAGCUAAGGGAGCUGCAGCUGUAAUCCAUUGUGCGUGGUUGAAAGGGAAAGCCAGGAUUUGUGGGGUGGAGGGGCCAGAGUUCUUCAGCAGAUUUUCAGAAGAGAGGUAAAGGUCUUAGAAGCUUGAAGGAUCUGGUUUAAGGAAAGAAACAACUAAUGUGUCUAAUCAUUUUGUAAAAUCAUCCAUGACAGAAACACAUCUUGAGUUAUGGACCCAUUUGGAAGAGAAAUUGUUACAUCAAGAAUCCAAGACUGGUGAAAGGCAAUUAAUUUACUGUUGUUUUUAAAUCUGGGAGGGAAAAAUGAGGAGGGUGGGAUAAGAACAUUUUCUUUGGGGGACAGACUAAAAAAACCAAGGAUCAUGUACCUUUCACUCUGCUUUCCGAAAGAAAAAAGAUGGACUUUCAUGGGGAGGGGUCCAAACUGUUUUUGUGUUAAAAUUUAUUUUAUGAAAUUUUGUGCCAGUAUUUUUUUUUUCUCAAGAAAUUGUCUUAAGCUCUAAGGUGGUCUCAGUAUUGCAGUAUCAUGCAAGUUUGUUCUUAUUUGCUGGCUGAGGAUUCUGUCACAUUGAAAGAAAACUGUUUAUAUAGACCCCAUUGGAAAAGCAAAGCUCAGCCACUGAGAUCAGGGAUCCCAAAUUCAUGUGACUUAUAUAUGAAGGAAAUAUUAAUGCUGAUUUGGGCACAGGGGAACCGUGUGUGUGUGUGCAUUUCAUCUAUAAUUUUUAAAAUAUUGUCACAGCCCUUUACUUAUUUGUCAUUUAUGGAUUCUCGGGGUUUAGACUUAAUGUUGAGCUACAAAACAUUAGGUCUGUGAACUGAAUGUAUUUUGGCAGCCCUGGGUUUGGACUAUGGUCAAUGUAGGAGCACUGCUGAAGCCAUGGAAAGGAAAUUGAAGGAGGAAGAUUAACUUGGUUCUUGAUAAUUCUCUACCUGUAACAUAGAUGACUUGGAAUUAAAGCUGUGUGCAUGGGCAUUACCCCCUCAGGUCUUAAGAAGCAUAUCCUGAAUGCGUGUUGUUCCAAACUAACACUCUUUUCCAAUUUCUUUUAUACCUUAUUCUUCCAGCAUCCCACAUUUAUUGCCCCCAUCCCCAGUGUUCAGUGGAGAGAAACAUAAGCUUUUUGACAGAUAACCGAGUGAUGUCAAACACCAUGGAACUGAAGAUUGUAGACUUGCUGGAUCUUAGCAGCCAUAGACACUUAGGAAGCAUUUCAGCACAGUGUGACUUGGCUGAUUUGGGGAAGAGAUGUGCAAAGGCUUUCCUUUGCAGAAUUGCAGCUAGGAGGAUAGGAUGUCAGAUGAGAUUCGCAUGCAGAGGAGGUGGUGCAGAUGACACUGGGCCUCGUGCUUAGAUCUGUUGCCCUGGAAGCAGGUGAGUGAAGGUUAAUGGGAGAAGGGAGGAAUGACUUGAAGGCAGAGGAAAUAAGGAAAGGAGCUUGAGUGAUUAAAAGAAGGUGAUCCAUGAUAUUUGGAUAUAUUUUUUAGCUUCCCCCAGUUUAAAUACAGUUAAGAAAGGGAGUUACCUUUAUGCUGGUUGUGAAACAAAUCUAAAAAUGAUGUUUGGGGCAAACCCCAACACGUAAAUAGUGAGGAAGUAUGCUAAUGUACUUAGAAUUCCUCCCACUGAAGACACUGCCAGUUAUGAAGCUGAUAGGACUGCCAUGACCGUGAGCGAGGGGAAGAAACAGUGCAGAUGGAUUUCUCAGGGCUGGCUCUUUUGGGGAUUUAGCUGAGAAACUGGAAGUGCUAACUACCUUGUAGCAUAUCUUCCUGGUGAGCUGCUGACUCCCAGAUCCCCUUUCAGGAUUAGCUUAUCAGGAACUAGCUCUGUGAUCCCCAAGGGUCCCCAUAUGGACCAAUUGGCACAUAUACAUGUAAAGCGAACACAGAGUGAUCUCAGCUGUGUAGUUUGAUCUUACAGAUGCAGGUGCCUUAAUGAAGCUCUCCAAGUAUUUUAGGAGCUGCUCAGGGAGUGUUAGGUGGAACUGUUUGGAUGACAUUGUUUUUUUCUUAGGUUGUGUGAUCUUUGUAGGGCACUGGCAGAGAGAUGUAGAGAGAUUGUGUGUGUGUGUGUGUGUGUGUGUGCACGUGCGCGUGUGCGUGUAGUUUGUGAACAUGGAAAACUGCAGCUGAAAUAAUACCUGAACUUUCUAGUGAAGUUUUUUCAUAUUUUAGUUUUGGGCGAGAGCAGAAUCAAGGCCGGGUAUCGGUCAUUGCUUACUGUUUACAACCAGGCAUGAAAUCGCCAUCUCGAGUCAUCAGCCUUUCCUAAGAAAAGUGUGCUGAAAACUCCCCUUCUGUGAGUUUAUCCAUUGCCUGCAAUUCCAGUAGCAGAUAGGUGUAAGAAAGUGCCUCCUCGUACUCCUCAGCCCACUCUUUCGCUAAGGUGCCCUUUCUCCCCAUGUCCACCAUUUUCAGGAUUUGUAGCUAGUGUAUUAUUAGUGCAGACACCUUUGUCCAUCUGGCCAUAUGCUUUUUCCCCUUUUGUCCAAAGGCCAGAGACCAUCCCAAGAAGAGUGGUGGGUGGUUUAUACACUGGAAAUGUAGCAGCAUCAUUGCAUUUAUGUUUUUUAAAAACACAUGUUAACUUCCGAGGAAAGACAGGCAAAUCAGGUCUAGCUGGGUGAAACCCAUAUUAUUUUCCUGGAGAUGCCUUAAUCUAUAUAUGGGUUUUGGCUUUUGGGCCCAGAGUCACUUGGGUUCCUUUCUGCAUUCAGGGAAGGGACUUCCCUACACAGAGCCUGAUUGUGGCCUUGGGGAUUAGUGGUAGGAUUCCAAGAUCAGAUGUGCCCUUCCUCACUUUGGAGAUGAGCACUCUGGGUUUUAGAGCAUUAACCUGCCUAACCUUCAUGGGGAAAAAUACAUUUUCUCUCUUCUAGUCAUGCUGUGCAUGCUGCUUUCUCUGUUGGGGUCUAUAUAAAUUUGUUGAAUUUUUACCUACAUUCCAAAGAAGUGUCAAGGAACCAUAAAUAUAUGUAUACAUAUACAUAUAUGACAUAUAUAUAUUAAAAUGAAAUUAUCUCUAUCAGGAACACUGCCUCAGUUAUUGAACUUUUUUUUAAAGAAUACUUUUUUUUUAAAGCUGAGAAGUAUUGGAGUGAAAAGAUGUUAUAUUGUGUUUGACUAUUUUCCAACUUGUAUUUUCAUAUAAUUUAUAUUUUUUAAAAGCUGAAAAUUUUAAAGUGAGAUAAAAAGGAAAAGCAGGUGCUUUUUAAAAAUCAGAACUGAGGUAGCUUAGAGAUGUAGCGAUGUAAGUGUCUAUGUGUUUUUUUUUUAAAUGCAAAAAAAAAAUUUUCUUACCAGGGAGUUUUUGUUUGUUUAUUUUAGUAGCUGAUGCUGGCACAUCAUUUUGCUGGAGAGUUUUUUAUAUACUGUAGCCUGAUUUCAUAUU